CGCAUGGUGCGGCAUUUACAUUGAUUGAGCUCAAUUCUCGUCACUCACUCACUCACUUCACAAGACCCAAGUGACAAUAACAACACCUUCACCUCUCUCUCUCUCUCUCUCUCUCCACACAGAUCUCUUUGCUCUGAAUGUGAGCACAAAAGAAGGGUUAUUUACUUGUGUUCGUAUUCCCCUUUUCCAAAUUUCGAUAAAUUAUUAUUAUUUGUUUCGAUUUGCGGAAUAAUUAUAAUAAACUGUAUACAUUGGAUAAUGGGUGUUUGGUUUGAUUCAUGAAAAUGUCGCAAAACCUCGUAAAGAACAAGUUUUGCAAUUCUGUUUCUGACUGAGUGGAAGGGUUUCUCGUUAAAGGAAAAACAAGAAUUGGAAAUGGAGAAAAAACGUUCAAAAGGAAGUUUCUUUAGCCUGUUUGAUUGGAAUUCUAAAUCUCGGAAAAAGCUCGUUUGGAACAAUCAAACCUUACCUGAAGUUUCAAGGCAGGGAAAGGAAAAUCUAGAGACCUUACCGGAAUCAAAGUUCUAUAGGAUAAAGGUGGAUGAGAAUGGAGCAAGUCCGAGUAAUAUAGGAAGUGGCGAUUUUUCAUCCGUUUGCAGUGAUGAAGGGUGUGGGAGUAAAGCCCCUGGGUUAGUAGCUAGACUCAUGGGUUUGGAUUCUUUGCCAACUUCGGACGUCGGUGAGCUCUCCGGUGCUUCACUAUACAGCUCCAACUUCCAUGGAGCUUCUCAUUAUAAUGAGGGUGCUCUUCGAUCCAUGGAUGACUUUCGUCGUGCGGACUACUUAAACACACCACUCAAGUCGGAGAAGUCUUCUUGGGAUGCCAUGGAAUCAAGGGCACAUAAAAUGGAAAACCAGUCAAUGAAGAGAUUUCAAACUGAAAUGUUGCCUCCAAAGUCGGCUAAACCCAUUCCAGUUACUCACAAUAGGUUAUUGUCUCCAAUCAAGAGUAAUGGUUUUCUGCCACCGAAGAAUGCAGCUCACGUAAUGGAGGCGGCUGCUAAAAUAAUUGAUGGAAGCCCUCAGCCAUACACGAGGAAUAGAGUUUUAUCAGGUGGGUCUUCAUCUGUUCCCUUGAGAAUUCUUGAUUUGAAAGAGAGAUUGGAAGCUGCACAACAUGCACCCAUGUCUAGAAAGCUAGUCAACCCGAACAAUGCCAACCCUUCAAAUUGCAAGGCUGGUGAGAGGAGUUCUAAUUUUGACAAAUGUACAUCAUCAUUCAAGGGUUCAAGUUCAAGAGAUUCUGAGAAACGUAAUUAUUCUCAUUUAACAAGUAAAGGAAAAUCAGGUUCUCCUGCAAUGCAAGCCAAAAACAAUGUUCAAAGCAGAGAUACAUUGGUUUCAAAUGGAAAUAGGAAAUAUAUGAAGCAGAAAGAACCGAAUGAGAUUAAGUCAAACCAGCUCCCAAGGAGCCAUAAAUCAAAUACAAACCGAGCAUUGCCGCAGAAAACGUGUGCAAACCGUAAUGGCAAUGUGCUGGUACAGAAUAAUCAAAAGCAAAAUAGCAUGACUUCCAGAGGUAAAUCAACUUCAAAAAUAGAUUCCAAUAAGUCGAUAACACGAAGUUCAUCUUCAAAAAGUUCUACUGGAGUCAAAAAGCCAACAAACAAGGGUGCUUCAAAUGUCAAUGUUCAGCCUAAGAGGUCAAGCUCUAGGGCAACCGAUAACCGAGAGGAGUUUCCCCCAUCCAAAACACAUAGUAUUUCUCAAAAGAAAAAGUACGACAGCAGAGGUGUUCCUGAGGCAAGAAGUCCUGAUCAUGAAAGAAAUGAUUUUGAAAGCAAGUCCAUAAAAUGCAAUUUUACAACUGAUGGAAGUAUUGAUCAGAAUGCAUUUAACAUGAAUGAAAGCAAUGAUGUUGUUUCAUUUACAUUUACAUCUCCCUUGAAGAGAAGUGUGCCCGAGUCACUAUCCUCUGCUGAGCAAGUGAUGGAAACCAGAACUAGAUUUGGUGUUGACACUCUUGGGCAUAAUGAUAAUCUCCAUCCCAAAAAACUAUCCCUAUCUCCAACACAUAUGAUAGAUAGUGAUGCAUUGAGUUUCUUGUUGGACCAAAAGCUGCAGGAAUUGACAUCGAGACUUAACUUACCUCAGUGUACCCUAAUCUCAGAGGAGCCUUCUACUGGUUUGAGAUCUAAUUUGCAAGACAAAGCAUCCAGUAUGGUAAACACCAAUACUAUGGAACAAGAUGAAAUGUUCAUUGAUAAUUUUAAUAGCAUGCAUAACUAUCGCUGUUGUUCAAGUGAUGAACCAGUGCUCAACAUGAAUCAGCAACUGCAGACAUCAGAAGUAAGGGAAGAUCAUAGCUGUAGCAGCAACAAUGAAAGUGGAAAUGAUCUAGGUUGUCAGCAUUCUGAUGCUGGUAAAAAUUUUCAAGCUCCUUCUGUCAGUGAAAGUUACCUGGACAGUGAAGACAGUGCAUAUGGCAGCACCGUUUAUUCUUCCAUGCAAGAUGAAGAAGCAUCUAAUAUUUCCCAGAUAAACGAAUCUGAUUCACUUGAAAAUGAAGUGAUGUGGUCAGAGCAAAGCUCUUCCAUAUCUAUGGGGCAAUAUGUGGCUGUCGCACAAAUAAGUGGAACACCAAACAUGGUAGAUUUCAAAACAUCAAGCAACAUGGAACUUGAAUAUGUACAGAAAAUACUUGGCAAUGCAGAGUUUAUGGCAGAAGAAUUUGUCAUGGGUCAAACUAAUUCAGUCAUAAUGCCAAAUCUCUUUGAUCUGUUGGAGAAUCAUCAGAGUACAUCAGGUACAUCAUAUUGUGGAGAAGAACACUAUAAGCUUGAAAGGAAGGUUUUAUUUGACUAUGUGAGUGAGUGCCUAGAGUUGAGAUGUGAAAAAGCUUUUGUUGGAAGUUGCAAAUCAUGGCCUAGAUGGGUGACAUCAAUUCAAAUGAAGGACUUUUUGGCAGAUGAGUUGUACAGGGAGAUGAUGAGUUUUAGAAACUUGGAAGAUGUAAUGGUGGAUGAGCUUGUCUGCAAUGACAUGAGCACUGGAUAUGGGAAAUGGCUUGACUUUGAGAUUGAAGUAUUUGAAGAGGGGUCAGAGGUUGAAGGGGACAUUCUAGAAUGUUUGAUUGAUGAGAUGGUUUCUGAUUUGCUGCUUGUUUAACUAAUAACCCCUUGGCAGCUUCCAUUUUUCUUACAAAAUGUAGUAUGUAGUGGUUAUGAAGUAAAAUUGUUAAUACCAUUGAUUAAAAUUCUGACAAAGAAACACUGAAGUGGAACAUAAUUUACUCUAGUCCCUCAUGUUUUUCCAUUGGGUAGUACUACAAUAUUAUUACCACUUAUUGGGAGUAUAAUACUGAUAAAGAGGUUAUUUAUAUGGUAACCAUUGGCAGAUUAAUAAGAUGGAAGUUACUAAUAAA